UUUUACCUUUGCCUUUGGCAGUUUUGUUCAGGAUGGAGAAGGUAGCUAUGAGAAGGUCAAGCAGUCAAGCUAAAAUUGUUGGAACUAUAGUUUCAAUAGCAGGAGCGUUGGUGGUUCUUUUCUACAAAGGCCCAACCAUUUUAUCCACUAUAUCUCCGACAAACACCAUUUCGUUUCGUUGGCCUCUUGGCUCUGCGAUGUCUGAUUGGAUUAUUGGUGGCCUCUUGCUUGCUACACAAUGUCUUCUUGGUUCACUUUGGUACAUUAUUCAGGCUGAGAUUUUGAAGAUAUACCCAAAAGAGCUUAUUGUGACAUUUGUGUACACUUCGUGUGUGACCAUCAUAUCCGCCCCAGUAUGCUUUGUUGCGGAAAGCAACUUGGAUGCUUGGCUACUAAAACCUCAUAUGGCAUUACUUGCUAUUUUGUACUCGGGAAUUUUUGCACAAAGCUAUAGCACCGUUAUUCAUUCAUGGGGGCUGCGUUUGAAGGGGCCUUUGUAUGUAACAAUAUUCAGACCAUUGUCAAUUGCUAUUGCAGCUUUUAUGGGUGUCUUAUUUCUUGGGGAUGCUCUCCAUCUUGGGAUGUAUGUAUGCUCAUCUUUUUUUGUUUUUAAAUUAUUUUUCGUAUUCCAUUUAUAUAUUCCUUGGAAUUAUCAAUUUCACAAAAGAAAA